CUCCAAUUUGUAUUUAUAAGCUCGUAGUGACCCAUUCACAUAUAUGAGUAUAGCUUUGGAAAUAGUUUAGUGUAGUAUUUUGGAUAAUAACUUUUUGGGUGUGCCUACGGUGACAUGCAUGUCACGGUAAUUUGUACUUUCCGGUCGACCUCAGUUAGAAUUAGGUCGACCUCAUAUAGGAUUAGGUCGACCUAAUCCUGUAUGAGGUCGACUGAAAAGUGCAUAUCACCGUAGCAAAUUCCUUAACUUUUUUAUAUAGGUUUUUUUUAAUAGUAUUUUGGAUAAUAACUUUAGGAAAGCAAUGUUUUAGCAAAAACCCAUUCAAACUACAAUUUGCACUUCUGUAAUAUGGUUACAUUUUUUUUUUGUUUUUUUUUUUUUUUUUGUAAAAAAGUACAAACUCAUGCCUCUAUAUAAAUGAUCUGAAUAGUGCGAGUGAAAAGGAAGGUGGACAAAGGCGAAGCAAACCAUGGUGACGCAGGAAGUAAGCGAGUCCACCACCGUCAGGAUCCUCUGCUCUAAAGCAGUAAGCAGCGCAGCCGAGCCGGGCCUCCAUUGGCUAAUCGGAUCUCCAUUUCUCCCGCCUUUCACCAUCGUUUCCGUCUUCAGAUGCAUUCACUUUCAGCCCAACACCCGUGUUCCGGAUUAUGCUAGAGAAUCGGAGGAUAUUCGACCGCUGCUAGUCAAGGGAUUUGAAGUAAUUGGAGCGUUGCUAGUUGGCAGCAGCUCGGAUAUUGAAAAUGCAGGCCGCGAAGCUCUCGAUUCUUGCCGUAGCCUGAGAAAGCUCCUCUCCGAUGUCGGAGAAGCGAAAUCAAGGAAUUGGGAAUUGAUAGGGGCAGUUUCAGGAUCAGAGAACGGUGGUCUUCGGUUCUUCAUAUGCAAGAAUGGGAACUCGACGAGGAUUGAAGGUAUCAAUUCUGUUGCUUACGAAGAUCACCCUGAGCAUUACGUUUGGGAGAAAGGUUGUCUCUUACGAUGCGAGCUCCCGAUCAAGUUGCCUUUUUGUGUUCCAGUGGGCAACCAGUCUGGCGCCGAGAAGAUGUUUGGUAAUGCAAUUGAAGCAGUCAUUGCUAAGUUCAAAGAACCACAGGCUGUAUACUGCCUGGAAAUGUUAUGCAAGGACUCUGCAGAAGGGCCCGUGAUUCUUCGUGCUACGGACUUGGAUUUUAAAGCAGAAGUCUCCGUGGUGAAGUCUACGGGUGAUGAAUCAUCGGAAGCUUCUGAUUUGAAAGAUUUGAAAUGUGCGCAUUUCUGUUCGAAGAGUAAAUCCACCCCUUCAACUUUGUCAAUAGAGAAUGCAGAUACAAUCCAAGUGAGUGUGCUACUUAAUAAAUCAGCAAAAUCUCCAAAGGCCAGUGUACCAAUUGCAGAAUAUUUUCCAGCUUUGGAAGAAACAAAACUUCUGGUUGCCGAGUUAAAGCUAGACGUUAUCUGCUAUGCGGCCAAAGAUGUGCCGCUUCAAGUUGCUGUUUCGAAGCUGGUAGUCCCUGCUUUAGUUGACCAGUUGAAUUCAAUGAAGAGAUUACUUGUUCCGAAUCUUGUAGCACAGCAUCCCCGGCUGUAUCCUUAUCACUUUAAUCCACCAGGGCUGUUGCAUCCAAUAACUGUUAUCUAUGAACUCAAUUAUGGGGAGGAAGAAAUGAAGCAAGUUGACAUCAGAAAAUCUUUGCACUUGAGAUUGGGAUUACCUGUUGAUCGUCCUCUCCUAAGAAUCGCCAAUGCCCUGAAUCUCUCUUCGCUGAAAGAUAAUCCUGCGAGAAACUAUGGGCGGAAAGGCACCAGUAUGCUCAAGGAUGUACACAUUGGGAUUAAUACUAGUGGAGUCUCUGGAGGUGUCACCUCUCUUGUUCAGGGUUCUUAUGAAUACUAUCACUAUCUUCAGGAUGGCUUUGAUGACUCGGGCUGGGGUUGUGCCUACCGCUCUCUGCAGACUAUUAUCUCGUGGUUCAAACUUCAGCAUUAUACAGCCGUUGAUGUCCCUUCUCAUAGGGAAAUACAACAAGCACUCGUCGAAAUUGGUGACAAAGAGCCCCCUUUUGUGGGAUCCCGUGAUUGGAUUGGUGCCAUCGAGUUGAGCUUUGUCUUGGAUAAGCUUCUUGGUGUAAGUUGCAAAAUCAUGAACGUCAGAUCAGGGGCCGAGCUUCCCGAAAAAUGUAGAGAGCUGGCACUCCACUUCGAGAAUCAAGGCACACCGGUUAUGAUCGGAGGAGGUGUUCUUGCAUACACCCUGCUGGGAGUGGACUACAAUGAGGGAACUGGGGAUUGCGCAUUUCUGAUACUUGAUCCUCAUUUCACAGGGAACGACGAGCACAAAAAGAUAGUGAAUGGGGGAUGGUGCGGUUGGAAGAAAGCUGUUGAUAGCAAGGGAAAGAAUUUCUUCUUGCACGAUAAAUUCUACAAUCUUCUGCUCCCGCAGCGCCCCAACAUGGUUUAGCUCUCCUGUUUUUUUAUUACCGGACCCGAACUGACGAUUUCCUUUGCUACUUAGUGAGCUCUAUUUUAGUUAAACUAACGUACCUUUUGGUAUAAAUGAAUUUUAUAAGUUUUGAGAAAUUUAUUUUGAAAUGAAAUAUUUUUGUAUUUGGUAUUAAAAGGAAUUCAUUUUCAGCUGACGAUUUCCUUUGCUACUUAGUGAUCACAUUCAGCUGCUCUAUUUUAGUUAAACUAACGUACCUUUGAUAUAAAUGAAUUUUAUAAGUUUUGAGAAAUUCAUUUUGAAAUGAAAUAUUUUUGUGUUUGGUAUUAAAAGGAAUUUUCAAUUCUAAAAUUUGAAUUCUACGGAAUUGGAACUAGUUAUAGCAAUUCCGAGGAAUUGAGAUGGAAUUUCCAAAUGAAUUCCACAAGUAUUUACUAAUUAUAAAAGAAUGACUUGAUUAUCCUCUUAUAUUAACUAAAUUACUUAUACAUAUAACAUAUCAAACACAAGAAUUCAUUUGACAAUGAAUUCUACACGAUACUUCAUUUUAUUUCUAAAGAUUUGAAUAUAACAUACCAAACAUAAAAUUUCAUUUGACAAUGAAUUCUACACGAUAAUUCAUUUUAUAAUGAAAUAAAUUCUUGAUUCAUUUGGUACCAAACUGUCUGUAAAUAUAGAUCUUGUUCAUCAUGGCAUAUGUGUUUUCCCCCUUUCUUCUUUUCAUUUUGUCUGGGUUGAAUUCGCUUUGAAUCCUACCGAUAAGGUUUGUUUUUAUCCAAAAGAGUUGGUUGAUUUGAUAGAUCAACUUAUAUUAAGCGUAUUGUGGGACUUGAUUGACUUGCAAAAUAGUUGAGGGGCUCAUUGCCAAAAUGAAGAAGUUGUGGGAAUUAGUAGGCCAUGGUCAAGAUAGCCGGUAUGAUACCAGUUGAUAUUGUUAUGUCAGUUUUAAGUUAUAUGGUUCGACUUAUAAUAUAAUAAAUUUAUACCAGUUCAUGUCAAUUAGAUUUAUACCGGUUCAUUUCAAUUUUAACAAAAAUUAUUUUGUCAAUUUUAACAAAACUAUAGGAAAUUGAGAAAUUAUUAGCACUAAAUUGAUUUAGCUAUAUAUAUAACAUAUGUGAACAAAAUCUAUCUAAAUUCUACAUUUAUAUUUAAAUAAAAUAUUACAUACCAAACAAAAUGAAAAAUACUCAUAUUUAAAUACAACAUUUAACGCUAACACUCAAAUGUAUAUACUUGAAUCCAACAAAUAAUAUAAAGGGUAAUGUCUAUUUUUAUUCAAUUUUUUUUCAUAUUCUUUUAUAUUAUCCAAAUCUAUCGAAAUACUAAGAAUGAGUCAAAUGUUAACUUUCAGUUAGCAAUUUUAUUAGUAAUAUAGACUUGGCAAUAUGAUACUGACUUGGAAGAGACACAUGAAGGUCAACAUUGCAAAAUUUUAGUAUUUUAGCUAAGAAAAGAGUUAUAAAAUUAUUAACGAUAA